AUGUCAUCGUUAUCACCACCUCCAACACCCCCUGCCGAAGUGCCAAACACAGUCGCAAAUGACCGAUUCAAGCCGUCCGUGUUCGCUUGCGAGUGGGCCGAGGCAUAUCGGCCUGGUGGAUUUCAUCCCGUCAAGUUUGGCGACAUUCUUGCAGGCGGAAAUGGUGUAAGCGUACCCAAAUAUGUUGCCAUCAAAGUCAUGACAGCGAACCAGUCCCUUUCUGCUGCGUCAACUGAGCUUCAGGUUGCAUCGGUCUUGUCUACGCGAGACGAAAAUGCACCCCCAGCAAAGCAUGUUCUCCUUCCCCUAGAUCACUUCGAUGAGGAGGGGCCCAACGGCGCGCAUAAGUGCUUUGUGUAUGAGCCUAUGGGGAUAACCGUGUCGUCAGGGGUACACGAACUCCCACAGUACCGAGAUAUUGUGCGGAAAAUGCAUGACAAAAGGAGAUAUCCGAAAUGGAUGGUCAAGAUUAUCUUGAAGCACACCCUCAUCGGACUUUCAUCCCUGCAUGGGCGCAACUUGGUCCACGGUGAUUUACAGCCUGGCAAUCUACUGUUUGCUAUCCAUGGUUUGAACGAAGCCGAUGAAGCAGAGUUGGUGCAGACUGUUGGGGAUACGACAGACGACAUUGAGCGGUUGGAUGGCAAGGUCGACAGGUGGUCGCCUCCAUAUCUUGCCUUGGGUCAGUCACUUCACAAGUACGCCGAUUUCAGUGAAAACUUGGAAAUCAAGAUUUCGGACCUUGGAGCUGCCUUCUUCCAAGACCAACCUCCGACGAAGAUAGUAACGCCAUUCUCUCUUCGGGCCCCCGAAAUAAUCCUCAAGCAGAAGGUCGACGAGAAAAUAGACAUGUGGAGCUUUGGAUGUCUUGUCUAUGAGCUGAUCACAAAUACCCAAUUGUUCCCAGUCGCGCCAUAUGACGAAGGCCAAGAGACGGAAGAAGACGACGAUCACCUCCUGGCCUUAAAUGGCAUCCUCGGAGAUCUUUCCAGCAACAUAAUGGCUAUUUGGCCACGGUCAGAUUCCUGGUUCGGACCCAAUAGAGAGCGCCUCAACCCAAGAGCAGAGUUGCUAGCCGACGAUGACCUCUUCAAUCCCGAACUUCAUAUCGAUGAUUCCUUGGAGACUCUUUUUGGUCAAAACAAGCCUGAUGAUGUCGAUGAAGCCGAGUCUGCGGUUAUCAUCGCUUUGAUCCGUCGCAUUUUGAACUACGACCCGGCACUGAGACCUACUGCUGAGGAGCUGUUAGAAGAUCCUUGGUUUCAUAGUGAGUAG